CUGGCAACAUUGUAUGAUGCUCCAGAGGCCGCCAUUUGGGGCGCCGUACCACGCGGUUUUGGGCACGAGUGUGACUCGUCUUCAGUUUCAUUCAUCAAUUCUUUCCCUGGCUUCGGGAUGUCCCCAAGCCAGCCUUUACCUCCGAAAGAAAAUGCCCUUUUUAAGAGAAUAUUGAAAUGCUACGAACACAAACAGUACAAGAAUGGCUUGAAAUUUGCGAAGCAAAUUUUGACCAACCCAAAGUUCGCCGACCAUGGAGAGACCCUAGCCAUGAAGGGCUUGACCCUCAACUGCUUAGGCCGCAAAGAAGAAGCGUAUGAAUAUGUUCGCAAAGGUUUGCGCAACGACCUAAGGAGUCAUGUCUGUUGGCACGUAUAUGGUCUUCUUCAACGUUCGGAUCGGAAGUACGAUGAAGCAAUCAAGUGUUACCGUAAUGCUCUCAAGUGGGAUAAGGACAAUAUUCAAAUCCUUCGGGACCUGUCCUUGCUGCAGAUCCAGAUGCGAGAUCUUGAAGGCUAUCGGGACACAAGGUACCAGUUGUUUCUGCUGCGUCCAACGCAGCGUGCAUCCUGGAUUGGCUUCUCCAUGGCUUACCAUCUCCUCAAGGACUACGACAUGGCACUCAAGAUCUUGGAAGAGUUCCGCAAGACACAGACUGUCAGCCAGGCGAAACACGGCUACGACUACGAGCACAGUGAGCUGCUCCUGUACCAGAAUCAAGUGAUGCAGGAAGCCGGGGAACAGAAGGAAGCCCUCCACCACUUGGAUGAGUACAAGGAGCAGAUACGGGAUGAGCUGGCCUGGUACGAGGCAAGAGCGAGCCUUCUCCUGGAGCUUGGGAAGUACCAGGCUGCCGAGAGCGACUACAGGGAACUGCUACAGCGGAAUCCGGAGAACCACCAAUACUAUUAUGGCUUAGCUCGCGCCCUUCGUCUAGACACUCCCGAAGAGCAGAUUCGACUGUUUACGGAUUUACAGAGCAAGUACCCCCGUGCACAAACGCCUCGGAGAUUGCCGCUCAACCAUGCAACGGGGGAGAGGUUCCAUUCCUUGGUUGACCACUACAUGCGCCGUGCGUUGAGGAAAGGCGUGCCUCCGCUCUUUGUUGAUCUUAGGCCUCUUUAUAGCAAUCCCGACAAGGUGAAGAUAAUCGAAGAUCUAUUACGGAACUACAUUAGGUCCUUAAAACAGUGGGAGGUGUUCUCUGAACAAGACAAGAACGGGGAGAAAGAGCCAGCGACGGCCCUUCUCUGGGCCUACUACUAUGCAGCGCAGCACUACGACCAGCUGGGUAGCACCAGCACGGCAUUGGAACUGGUCAAUGCUGCCAUUGAACAUACGCCUACCUUAAUAGAGCUCUUUGUUGCGAAGGCACGCAUAUACAAGCACGCUGGAGAUAUUGAGGAGGCCUUGAGGUGGCUGGACGAGGCACAAGCUCUCGACACGGCGGACCGCUACAUCAACUCAAAGUGUGCAAAAUAUAUGCUCAGGGCGAACCUGGUCAAAGAAGCAGAGGACAUGUGCUCAAAGUUUACUAGGGAGGGCGUGUCUGCUGUGGAGAACCUGAACGAGAUGCAGUGCAUGUGGUUCCAGACAGAGUGUGCCCUGGCCUACCAGAGGUUGGGCAACUGGGGAGAGGCGCUCAAGAAAUGCCACGAAGUGGACAGGCAUUUUAGCGAGAUAAUGGAAGACCAGUUUGACUUCCACACGUACUGCAUGCGGAAGAUGACCUUGCGAGCGUACGUCAGCCUCCUGCGUCUGGAAGAUAUCCUGCGCUCUCACCCCUUCUACUUUAAAGCUGCAAAAGUGGCAAUCGAGGUAUAUCUCCAGUUGCACGACCACCCGGUUACCGACACAGAAGCGGAGGAAGAGAUCAACACGGCCAACAUGGCACCCAGUGAAUUGAAGAAGCUCAAGAGCAAGCAGCGCAAGGCACGACGACGAGCUGAGCAGGAGAAAGAUAAACGGGAACAAGAAAAGAAGGGCGAUCCAAAGACUGGUUCCAAGCAACAACAGCCUCCUGCACCACCACCACCCCAACAGCAGGACGGGGCUGAAGUAGAUGGCAUUCGAGACGAAGAGCUGGUGCCCGAUCGCUUGGCCAGGGUGGAGAACCCACUGGAGCAGGCUAUCCAGUUCCUGCGACCCCUGCAGCAGUUGAGCCCCGAACGUCUAGACACGCAUUUGUUGGCCUUUGAGAUCUACCACCGGAAGGGUCGUCCACUGCUGAUGCUGCAGUCGCUUAAACGCGCUUUCCGUCUUCAACCUUCCUGCCCGAGAUUGCACGCCCAUCUGGUCACCUUCCGUAGCGUUGUGGCUGAAAGGAAAGAUCUGCCAGGACCUGUUCUGGAGGUACUCAAGCAAGAGCUGGAGGAACUCUACCAGGGUUGCACGGCACAACAGCUCAACGAAGAGUUUCUAUCCAAACAUGCCCAUUCGUUUCCUCACCUACUCGAAGGUUGUCUCAUGAUGUACUACCUGGAUAAGUCCAAACAAAAACAGGCACUUCAGAUGGUCACAUCAUUAAAAAACAACAAUCUCGAAGAUGUCACCAUUCAGACGUGCGUGCGUGCCCUGGAGUGCCUGAACAAGGGCCAGCUGGGACCCUGCGAGGAAGAAGUGGAACAGUUCCGCAAGCAAUGCCACCAACGGUUUCCCUGGGCGACCGCCUUCCGUCCCGCGCAACCCCCUCCCACAAAUAAUCACCAGCAGGAACCAGAGGAAUGACACCUAUUCGCAGUGCCUCACAAAGGACGUGUGUGUUGUUUGGCCCCCGGGACUUGGGGCCGCCUGGCUCUUGCGGGGGUGCCCCACAAUAAAAGCACCGUGUGCGUUUUUGCACUUGUGACCCCCCCUCCCCUCCCCCCAGUUGUGAUCACCUCCAGGACGACCAGUCUCUAAAAAUCACACCUCGGGGGGGUUGGACGGCAGUUUGAGGCUCGCACGUUUGGUGACUAGCAGGACAGUUUGAGCUCCUCUGUGAAUCUAAAGCAGUAAACUUUUAUUAUGAUGAUCAUGAA